AUGGUCUCCGAAGAUUGUAAUAAAGAAAAUAUAUCAAAAGAAGCAACAUUUUCUUCAUCUCAAAGGAAAAUAUCCCACAAAAAGUGGAUAACUGAUCUAGACCAAUUCGACAAGGACGUAGUCCGAAGAACUGUUUUUGAUUUCUACGAAAGAGGAGAGUACCCGACCUGCAGGAAGUUGAAGAUUGUGCUAAAAGAAAAAAUUGGAUUUAGUGGAAGUAAAGAUUCUGUAUGUAAGAUACUUAGAGAUGUGGGAUUUAAGUUUAAAAAGACUAACAACGGCCGAAAAUUCUUAAUAGAACGGUCUGAUAUUGUCGCUUCCCGGGUAGUAUUUCUAAGAAAGAUGCACGAUUUAAGGCGGCAGGAAACUCCUCUCCCAAUUGUAUACCUGGAUGAGACGUGGGUAAACCAAAACCAUGCAAGAAAGUGUAUUUGGGAAAGCUUAGAUGGCAAGGGAGGGUUUCGGGUUCCAGUAGGGAAGGGUUCUAGGCUUGUCGUGUGUCACGCUGGGUCAGCUAAAUAUGGUUUUAUAAAAGACGCACAGCUCGUAUUUCAAUCAAAAAGUAAUGUCGAUUAUCACCAAGAAAUGAACCAUAUAGUUUUCCACGAAUGGUUUCUCGAUUUACUGAGAAGCCUAGAAGAGCCAUGUAUUAUUGUAAUGGAUAAUGCCAGCUACCAUUCGAAACAACUUAACAAAAUUCCAAGUUCAAAAUCUAGAAAGGCAGACAUUGUGAAGUGGCUAUCAGAUAACGGUAUUGAUCACAAUCCAGUCCACACAGUAGCAGAACUCCUCACCACCGUGCGGCAGCAUAGGCACAGCUUUCCUCCACGGUACGAACUGGACGAGCUUGCGUUGCAGAUGGGUCAUGAGGUUAUUCGCCUACCACCCUACCAUUGUCAAUACAAUCCCAUAGAGCUAAUUUGGGCUCAAGUGAAAGGGGAGGUGGCGCAAAAAAACACGUCUUUCAAAAUAAAGGAUGUCAGGAACCUUCUAGAAAAUGCCAUGAACCAUGUAACAGUAGAAGACUGGAAGAAAUGUGUAAUUCAUGCUGAAAAUAUCCAGGAAGAAGAUUUUUUUAAAGAAGGACUUCGUGACGAAAUCAUGGAACCAUUUAUUAUAAAUCUGCAUGAUGACACUGACUCUGAUGGCUUAAGCGAAGAUGAUGGUGAAUAUCUUUCCAGUUAUGAGAGUGAAUGA